GGAAUACUAGCAUGUACUUCCAGUUUUAUAUGCUGCUAAUUCUUAGGAGGAAGGAAACAAACACAGUGGUUAGCAGCCAAAAGCAGUGAAUUUACUGGGAUUUCUAACUGGCUUCAGAUAGCUCCAGGAACUUGACUAACAAGGCAAACACCAUGAUUCUCAAAGUCUAUACAAGCCUUUUGCUCUUAUUCUUGGUGAAUUCUGUGUGGACUCGAUCUGUGAGACAAGUUUAUGAUGACCUGGAUCCUGACCAUUGGUCUCACUAUACUUCUGAGUGUCCACAGGAGUGCUUCUGCCCUCCUAGCUUCCCCAAUGCAUUAUACUGUGACAAUAAAGGACUUAAGGAAAUACCUUCAAUUCCAGCAAGAAUUUGGUAUCUCUAUCUUCAAAAUAAUCAAAUUGAAACCCUUUCAGAGAAGCCUUUUGCGAAUGCCACUCAUCUGAGGUGGAUAAAUCUGAACAAGAAUAAGAUCACAAACGGUGGAAUUGAGAGUGGCGCACUGAGCAAGCUGAAAAGGCUGCUUUACUUAUUCCUUGAAGAUAAUGAAUUGGAAGAGGUGCCUGCCCCAUUACCAGUGAGUCUGGAACAGCUAAGGCUAGCUAAAAACAAAAUCUCCAGAAUCCCAGAAGGAGUCUUCAGCCACUUGGAAAACCUCACUAUGCUAGACCUGCACCAGAACAGUUUGUUGGACAGCGCUCUCCAAAGCGACACCUUCCAGGGACUCAGCAGCCUUAUGCAGCUCAACAUAGCAAAAAACUCACUCAAGAAAAUGCCUCUGAGCAUCCCAGCUAAUACACUGCAGCUGUUUUUGGACAACAACUCCAUCGAAGUUAUACCAGAAAACUACUUCAGUGCAAUACCCAAAGUGACUUUCCUGAGGCUGAACUACAAUAAGUUAUCUGAUGAUGGUAUCCCCCCAAAUGGGUUUAAUGUUUCAUCUAUUCUAGACCUACAGCUCUCUCACAAUCAACUCACUAAAAUUCCACCAAUCAAUGCUCACCUUGAGCACCUUCAUCUUGAUCACAACAAAAUCAAAAGUGUCAAUGGUACUCAAAUAUGCCCAGUUUCCAUUGCCCUGGAAGAAGAUUAUGGUUAUUAUGGCAACAUCCCUCGCCUCCGAUACCUUCGUCUGGAUGGAAAUGAAAUUCAGCCCCCAAUCCCCCUGGACAUCAUGAUCUGCUUCCGACUGCUUCAAGCUGUUGUCAUAUAAAGAUAUUGCAGUGUCACUCUUGUACUGUGAGAGUGCUAAGAUAUGAGUUUUGCUGGAAUGAAACUUGUUCUAACUCAUAAAUCAGGAAGUAACAGCUUUAUUUGACUUUAAUAUUUUUCUUUGCUUGCAUCUUUUCUACAACUGAAAAGGUUUUUCUUUCAGAAGGGAUUCUGUAUGGACCUGAAACAUGUCCUAUAAAUUCAUAAUGUGAAUAUAUUGAAACUAAUUGGUGUAAGAUCCCAAAUAUUCCAGAGAAAUUUCUUGCCUACUCCAUCUUUCUUGUAAAUGUGACAAUACCUACCCUGCUAACAUUAUUCCUAUAGACAAGUUAUGUGUCCUUAUUUUGUUAUCUAGUAGCUAACACAAUGAAUUUGGGUGCAGUUGGCCAAAUAUGCUAAUAAAAACAUGAGCUGCAUGAUUUUUAGUUAUCAGAACUGCCACUGACAUUUCAGAUAGUGACUCGUGGUGAACAACCACUUAACAUGCAAAUAACCCAAAAAUUACUGUCAUCCUUUGAAGACUAAUACUUUUAAGGCAAAAAGUACAUGAAGCUUAACAUCCAAAGCAGUAUACUGAAUAUAUCACUGUAGGGAUUAAUUCAGUGAAUUUUAGAACUGUUAUAAACUAAUCCAACUCAAAUCCAGGGACAAGAGAACAUGAGAUGUAAUCUUGUCCUCUCAAAGGUCCAGUUUUCUACUGUCUUAUUCCAUUUCUAGAUUUGAUACCAUUUCUUUCUGCAGCUUUGGGAAUGUCAUUGAAUAUUUGGUUAAUUUUAGUUUGCAGAGAGAUACAACCAACAAUAGUAAUGAUUACAUAUUUCCCAGACUAGGUCCUUCAUAAAAAUUUGAAUGGCUAGUUAAUGGGAUGGUGAUAAAGAGAAAACUAAGAAAUUAAGAGAUAUGUCCCCUCCCAAUUAUUUACUGAACUAGGAAAAUAGUUGCAUAGUUAUUGUAUCAUUUAAGCAAAUACAAUCAACUCUAAGCAGCUAUCUGCUAACUCACAUACAUGCACACAAUAAUACUGGAUUUUAGAGAAGUCCAGAUUAUUAGAGCACAAUAUUAACAAUUCACAAGGGAGGUAUCAGCAGGCAACUUUUUAUGAAAUAUGGUUGAUUUUAUCAAAUCUAGUUUAUUUUUUCUAUUUUAUAGUAUUGGCACUUCAAUGAAUUACUUGACUAUUCGAGUCAACUAUUCACUGAGAGAGUAUGACAUUCUUAUUUCUGCUAGCCAGCACAACAGACUAUCCAUCGGUGAUUAUUUUAAUCUUUUUGCAUUUCUAGAUAGAAGCAAUUAGUUGCUUAUUGAUAUCCUGCAUCUAUUGAUAACAUUUUAAGGCUGGCUUCAGUAGCAAGCAUUUGAAGACUAUGCACGUGGUACAAUUUUUGCUUUGAUGAUUAGGUAUUUUCUUAGAAGUAUAUUUUUUAAAGUGUUGAGAACUGUAAUUUCUGACAAUCAAUCCUUUUUAUCUAAAAAUCAGGCCUUAUUCUGCUUCAGAGAACUUGUGGAAACAACCUAGUAUAGAAACCCAGCGUAGGAAUAACCCAUUCAGAAAUCUGAUCUCUAGACCAUUUAUUUUUGCUUUUCUUUUUAUGUGGUUGCUGAGAAACUCCUGCCCUUCCAACAAAAGUAUUUUCUAUACCUCUAUGUUCACCCCAUAUGAAAAAAAAAAUUAUUUAAAGAGUCUUUACAAUAUGUAUGCAUGUUUAGCUAUGUUCUUUACUCAGUAAUAGCAUAGUAAUUUAUUUUUGGAAAAGAAUUAUGUGACAAUACUACUAAUUAAAUUAUAACAAUAAUUAUGUUCUUGUACUUGGAAAUUAAUUUCUACUUUAAACAAAGGACAAAUACAUAUACUCCAAAGUGAAUAAUCAUAGGCAUAUAUGUAUUUAUUGAUAUUAUUUAUAGUUCUAAUCACAUAGCAAAGUAUCUUGAAGAUCCAGUAAAAAAUUACUACCCUUUUAGUUAAUGUAUACACGUUGAAGAAAAGACUAAACCUUCCCCAAAGAGAUGUUAAGCUUACAUAUGGCAAAGGUUAAUAUGCAAAAUCAUAAAGGGAUACUAGAGCAUCAAGGUACUCCCUUUGCUGGAUAAGGGCAUUUUGUGAUGGAAUCAGAAGCACAAGAUCUGAUGAAAUAAUUUUUAACUUUCACCAGCUGUACCACUAUUUUUCCAACUCAGUGUAAAGUGGAAAUCCUUAUAAACUGGCCCUACUAUCCUAUGCAACAAUUCUAGAACACAUGCAGACUGAUGCCCAAGAUCAGUUAAUCUGAGUGAAGUGACACAUCUCAGGACAAAAUUUUAUUGGGCUGAAGAGCUCCUGCUGCCAAGUGCUCUGUGUUCUAUACCUUUGGUGCAAUGCACUGACUCCACAUCUGGGAACUGUUGAAUAAAGAGAAAAUCUUAAGUAUUCUCACUUAGACUAACUUGAUCCACCUUGAUGCUCUCUCCCAGAACCAGCUCUACUCAUGCAGUAGAAUAAAAAACAGUUGCUGCAGUGACCUUCACAAAAUAAACCAAUACUGAUUGGGAAUUAAACUUCUUUACUGCAUGUACAUGGCCAUUUGCAAGAGUUUAAAUGUUCUUAAAGGUCCUGGGAAAGCUGGUGAAAUUUCCUUUCAGACUAUAGUAGCAGGCCUAAAUUGCAUUAUUGUGUGGUAGUAAAAAAUGUAGGCUUUUAGCCACUCUACAGUCAGUUCAUUCAUUGUGCCAGAAGACUUUAAAGGAACAUGUAAUACACAUUGUCUUUUUCCCAAUGUUAAGAGCUUCCAAUACAAUGUAAAAAAAAGCAUCCUGAAAGUCUAAUGUUGAUUCUUCCUAAACCAAGAUUUCUCUAAGACUUCCCACUGAUAUUUCCUGGUUUCCAAAAAAUUAUUUUCUUCUGACAAAAGGGAGGAGCACACAUCCCAGCUGUCCUGUCUGAAAGUGCAGCUAAUAAUAAUAAAAGUCAUUUGCUUCCCUUACUUGUCAGAGCACAUUGCAAAUAGUUUGGAAUGGAUUACCAUGUACAGAAACAAAGACAUUUACAAGUAUGAGAAGCUGAGAACAGGUCACCAUGAGAGUAUGCAGCCAUGGUCAAUCAGUACUAAAACCACAAACAUCUAGUGCUUUUUGAGGAAAUCCACAUUACAUAUUAGGUAAUUUUGAAAUUAGAGUUGUUAACACAGAUGUACUAUCACCUCAGCCCAGUUGCCCUGUAAAGAAAAGUAUUAAAGCAAAGUGAGAGACUCAAGAACUGAAAAAUACCCAGAUGUUUCUGACACAUCUGCCAGCAUGAGUGGAGGCUGGUAUGCUGGAUCUAUCAAAAGGCUGUGGGGUUUUAUAACACAGCUGUCUCUGCAGGACAAAAAAGUCCUUUUCAGGUGCUGCCAGCAUAGUUAAAAAUUUAGCCACAUGUGUGAUUCUCCCUGCUCCAUACUGUUCUCUAGCAUUUUCUGUUUCUCAAGAGUCCAGUGUGCUACCACUAUUCUUCAAAUUUUGAGGAAAAACACCCCCAUAACAAUCAUGCAGAGAUGCCAGUGACCACAGCAGCCUGUUUGACACCUGGAGGAAGAAACACAAACAUUGGGAUAAAAAUUCAGAAGACAGCUAGCAAGCUAAUUUGCAUAUUUGCGAUUACUAACUCCAGCAUUUUUUGUAGGAGAAUUUCUGAAGAAACUAGAAUCACAUCUUCCACAAAGAAAAGCUGUUCUUAAUUAGGGGCUGGGGCAAUGAAAGUGACAUAUUGUCUCAGCAACUCUCAGUGAAGCUAGGUUUAUUUCAAUAAUUUUUAAUUUGUUAAAAUGGUCUAUCACAAUUUUUAUGAAAUGUUCAUGGAUUCAGAAAAUAAAUGCCAAUAGUCUCAGCCAGAGAAAAGGAAAGAAAAAAAAUAGUGUUCACACUUCUUGCUUAAUAUUCUUGUUGCUAAGAUGUCCCUGUAGCAUGAUAUGCCCUUCACCAGUUAAUGAAAUCCUUGAAUGUGUCUGAAAUCAUGCUCCCACUGCUAGGAAGCCUCUUUUUAGGACAGUAAUAUCCUUGUGAUGCUCUGCUUUGUUACAGGAUUUGAAAUAAUCACCGAUUCUCUCUCCUGGCAGUGAGGAUAGGCUUCAUGGUAUUACAGGAUCUAGGCUCAAGACCAUGUCUGAAUCAGAAGCAGAUUGAAUUGGAGUGGUUUUGUUUUGUUUUGUUUUGUUGUUGUUUGUUUUUUUCCCUGAGGAGGCUGUUUCAACCCAGACUAGAGGUUCAGGCUGUUUUGUGGCUCCAAAGAUUUGUUUCUUUUGAUGACUGGAAUUGCUUCCAAUGAAGAAGACUGGUGAGGAGCUUCUCAACCCUGCUUAGCAGCAGAAUAGAAGGGAGCUACACUUAAAAUGUCUUUGGCAAACUUGCCAGGAACAAGGUCCCCAAAUUCCCUGCCUCUGGAUUGCUGACCAAAAUGGGAAGAGAAAGCUGCACAUGAAGGUUUUCUCUGAAGGUCCCAGUGGUUUGAAUCUUUUUAAAAGCUACUUAUUUAUACGUUUACUUUGGUUUGGUGACAAUUC